AGUGUUUCACUCUUUUCCAUAAUAAAUUCUUUCCUGGACUUUCUGCCUUUUUCAUUGGACAUUUACUCCUCAGUUUGCACGUUGUGGAGUAGUAGGAGCUGGUAAAGUUUUCCAAAUUUUGUCCUGCUGGCGAUUCUCCAGCGAAACACCUGCAGAACAGCAGAAAUGACGCCGAGUGCGCGCUGGAUCGGAGCGACAUGGAGAACAGUGGCUGGUUGGAGUUGUGUGCAUUUUAACUGCGCGAUAUUUCGCAGCUCCAGCAUCGUAACGAAUGCGCCGCGGAAUUUCUCUGUGUCCGCAUGCCAGCGGCUCUUCACCAAGGACUCCCUGGGACUCAGCAAAUACGAAGCGGACCGCGAGGCGACGGCCGCCGAUCUCGGCACGAUGCAAGAGCAUUUCCGGCGCAGAAUGGAGCAGUAUUUGUCGGCUAACUCCCGAUCGAUCAUCGUCACCGUCUCGGAGGACCUGAAGAAGAUGUGCUAUCUGGCGCAGGACGACAAAGAUCUGGAGAUUGUCAACAAAAUGCUCAAAAAGUAUGUGCAGCAGUAUGGACGAUCGCGCGCUGGUUCGUUCGUUUUCGGCCCGCUUCUCAUGCGUCUGCAUUAUCAUCUCAAUAAACCCGACGCCGCUCUGGCCUCCAUUCGGGAUCCCGUUCUGGCGGAGGUGUACGACCAGCUGACGUCGUACAUGCUGGCCAUGGAUCUCCUGUACAAACACCAGCGCUACGACUACGUGGUGCAGCUGUACAAAGCCAUGCUCGAGCGGCCCUUCUUCGCCGAGAAAUUCCCCCGCGAAAACCUGGCAUUGGCCUGCGCGGCCUGCUAUAAAUUGGGCACACCGGAAGCGUACGCCACCGCCCGCGAGUGGAUGCAGGGUGUCAUGGACCGACAGGCGCCGGUGAUGCGCAAAGCGGUGGCUUUUGCGGCGGCGCUGGCCUUGAAAAACAACGAUCCGGCGGGUGCGUUGGAGUUGUUGAGUUUAUUCUCCAAUCAGUCCUACAUGUCCAUCCGCAAUUUGCGCGUCCUAGCGCUGACCAGACUCGGUCGCCUGGAGCAGGUCCUCCCCAUCCUCGGCUGGACCGCGGCACAGGACAGCGCAGUGAAACGGACGGGAUUGGGCUUUUUUCAGGAUGUGAUUGGUGAAGUGAAGAAAGCCGUGGCCGCCAGCGAGGACGCGGAGCUGCGCCAGGAAUUCGAGCGGACCUUCGCCGCACUGGACCAGGGUGAUCCCGUGGACGCGCAGACCCUGGAUGAGUUCCUGGAGCGGCCCUUCAUCGACAGCAUCGAGCGGGCGGCCUUCCAGAGUCACCGUUUCGAGAACGAACGACACCGGUUGCGCUUCCCAUCGCCAACGGAUGGCGGUCGGUAUGGGGCGUCUCCUAACCGGCAGGACCGCAGGCCAUGGUCCCCACAAAAUGCCCGCUACGGGAUGGAUGGCGGCCGAGAAAAUCGCCGGGAACGCGCCGGAAGUAAUUAUAAUGAUGAUCAUUAUUUUUGGGAUCCCGCGCGGAAUACCGCGCGAUAAUAAUUCUGCUAACCGGCGACGAAAACCGGAUUUUUGUGGACAUGGUGCUUAUCCUUGAUCGGGGAAUUUUUGCGUCGGAGAAUCAGUAUUGAGAUACAGGAUAUGCAGUAUCUGUUGAUGGAAUAUUGGAGCGUAGAUUUAACAUGGAAAACGCGAUAUUCGGCCGAUCGGAAUUUUUUCUGGGAUCCCGAUGUUUCUUUUUUAUUGGCAGAAAUUUUUCUGUGAUGCCGGUGUUGAAAAUUCGAAAUUACCAUUCGACGAAGAAUCUGAAGU